GGCUGAACUGUUGCCAACAAUUUUUGCUACAAACAUAUUUGUCUUAGUUUUUCCUUCAUCUUGCCUCUGAGAACUGAUGGAGGGAUGUAGCAGUGAGAUGGCAGCCUUCUCCCAGAAUAUGCUGACAGUCAGUGUGUUACUGAGUGUCUUCUUACUGUCAGGAGUUCAGGCUGGAUGUAUAUAUAAGAUCCCAAACCUCAGCAUUACUGCACCAAAGAAGAUAGAAGCUCUGAGUGGAUCCUGUUUGUUAAUCCCAUGUAGCUUUAGAAAAAUACCAGAGAAAUCAGAAGAAACGUUUGACAACAAGAGAGAAAUAUUUGGAGUUUGGAUUAAAAGAGAUUCAGCAUUUGGAACCUAUCCAGAAAAUGUGAUUUACAACAGCAGUCGGUCUCAAAACAAAUAUGCAGUGAACAUUUCUGGAAACCUGAGAGAGAAGAACUGCACCAGUGUGUUUUCUAAUGUAAACUCAAAUCAAACAGACAAAUACUUCUUCAGGAUUGAGAACGGGCCGUUCAGAGCAACAGCCAUCUGUGAUCCUGUUCAUAUAACAGUUAGAGAUUCUGCUUGGAGCCCCAGUAUUGAAAUCUCAGGUGAAAUGAAGGAGAAGAACUCUGUCACCGUAACGUGCUCAGCUCUCACUCCCUGUCCACAAUCACCUCCUGAACUCACCUGGAACCUCCAACCAAACCUUCACAGACAGAUGGAGAGGAACACAGAUGGAACGUUUACAACUACAAUCCAGCAGGACAUCAGUCUGUCAGAGAUCCACGAUGGAUACAACAUCUUCUGCUCUGCCAGAUAUCCUGUGGAUGGAGGAGAACACAAGACAGCAAAUACAAAUGUGACUCUCAGUGUUUUCUAUGCUCCCAAAGAAACUUCAGCAGCUAGAUGGGUGGAGCUGAACUGCUCCAGCAGAGUCAAUCCUCCCAUCAGCUGCUGGGUUGAAAACAGCACAUAUAAAGCCAGGAUAGUAACUAAAGGAGACGUCAGAUUAACAGUCUAUGGGGGAGAAGUCGAUUGCUGUGAGGACUGUUCUAUGUUCUCUAAAGAUAAAAACAAGAAACUGCUGAUUCCCCUCAUUACAGUGACCAUUGUGGCUGUGCUCGUCUUCCUGGUUCUAUGGUUUUUGAAGUCCAGACGAACUGCUGUACAACACAAUCAGACCGAAGCACCUGAGGAGCCUGGUGCUCUUGCAUCUUUAGAUGGUGUUCUUCAACCACCAUCUAAUGAAAUGCGAGAAGAACUUCACUAUGAGGAUGUGAACUUCAGAAAGAAACCUACCUGUGCGUCAGAGAGUACCAGUAGAGACCAGCAGGAGACGCUGUACGCUCAGGUCAAAGUGUCUGAGCCAAAGAAAGGACCAACUCAGACUGCUGACAGCUCAGAUCCUCUCUACUCUACGGUACAGAAACCUGGUUGAAACUCUGUUCUUAUUAUUCACAGUCAGUGACAGGAGUCCCAACACAACAAUAAUGUGCUUGUUUUUUUUUUUUUCUGAUUCUUUU